AUGACUUCAGCUUUGCGUUCUUCGUUAAGAAGUGUGUUCCGGAAGGUACAACUUCGUAGCUAUGCUGAUGCACCAGCAAUUAAAGAGGGUGAAAUGGCACUCACAUUUGCUGCUGGCAACAAAGUCUUCUACGACAAGCAAGCUGUAAAACAAGUAGAUGUACCAUCAUUUAGUGGUGCUUUUGGUAUCCUCCCUAAGCAUGUGCCCACUCUUGCGGUUCUCAGGCCCGGUGUUGUGACAGUGCUAGAAAACGAUGGAAAACAGAACAAAAUCUUUGUGUCAUCAGGAACAAUUACUGUUAACGAAGACUCAUCUGUUCAGGUCCUUGCUGAGGAAGCCCACCCAUUAGAAAACCUUGACAGAGCAGCAGCACAAGAGACCCUAAGCAAGGCGCAAUCAGCAUUGAACUCUGCUGCCAAUGAAAAGGCCAAAGCCGAAGCAGCGAUCGCAGUGGAGGUCGCCGAAGAAAUUGUUAAAGCUGCAACUGCGUAA